CUCACUGUUUUCUAGCUGCGUUUCCUUUUAUUAAAUUCAAAUACUUCAUAUGUACAUACAUAAGUACAUGUGCACAAUCUAUUGUACGUAUCGUAUAUGGGGUUUUGUUUAUUUUCAAACGAACAACAAAUGGUUCUGCGAAGUACUUGAACAAUCGGCUGCGUUAGUUGUUAGCUAACUUUAAGAGUGAACGGCAAAUAGUCGUGUUGUAAAAACCCAGCUUUUUAGCAUUACUCUAAUCUGAACAGAGUUUUCGUGUAAAGCACCCGUAAAUUGUCUUGUGAUAGGAUAAAUCCCGUACAAUGAGUGCGCAGCUUUCGGCAACGGGGACAACAUCGAUCUGUAUAUUAUUAUUAUUGUUUGCUGUCGUGUUGUUGCCGCGAAAUGUCAAAGCACAAGCGAAUAAGGUUUCACCGAAAUUGGAUUUUGACGAAGUGGAAAAUAAAAACAGCUCGGAUGUGCCAAUAGUGACUGGCACGGGACAAGGCGGUAGUCAAAAUAGAAGUGGGAAAGAAGAGGGCGGAAGGGACAUUGAUAUAACAACCAAUACCAACAGCGGCGGCAGCAGUGGAAAUGGUAAAUCCGGUCCAAAAAUUCAUGGUGUGCGAGUGACUGUCGAUACAGGUGACACACGAAAAUCCAAGGAGAACACAGAGAGCGUAGAAAUAACUGAUGUGGGAAAGCACAAGAAGCGCGUCGGCAUACAUACGGAUAUAACAUUUGAAAUAUCAACAGAUGGAGAUAGUGACGGUAAUGCGACAAGUGCAGCGCAAGAUGGCGAUAAAGAGGAUGCCAGUGUGCCAAUUUUUAAAGGACGGAGUCGUCCUACACAAAAGACGCGAAAGCCAUAUGAUCCCAAAAACCAAUGGAAUCCUAAUUACUCUUCGGAGCGACGUAGCUACGAAGGCGGAAGUCGUGCGACAGGCCCAGCUUACUACUACCCACAAUACUAUCCAAAUAAUGUGCCCGUCUACGUAGCUACUGGCAAUGAACGUGGAGGCGGUGGUGGUACUGGAUACAGGCGAGGAGAUGGCUGGAAUAGUUAUGUGCCCUCUUCUAGUAUAUGGACGACUGAACGUAGUUACAGCGAACAAUAUAGACCCAAUACAGUGGCUGGUCAAAGAACGUCUAGCUGGAAACCUUGCUACUGCAUGACCUCUGCUGUGGAUAAUCGAAGGCGGCGAGAGAAUACGCAUGGAAUAAAGGAAGCUCUACAACCUACAAUUACAGUUCAUAACGACGUAGAUGCGAAAUUGGAGAAACCCUUUUCAAGCAAUUAAUUCCAUAAAUUUCGUAAUCACGUAAAAUGUAAUUGAUAAGUAUAUGUAUGUAUGAAUAAUUUUAUCUUACAGAUUUUCGUUUAUUUUCGAAAGUGUAUUUUAUAUGUUUACAUUGAAUUAAAAAAAAAGAACGCAGAUUAGCUUAGCGUAAAAGAACA